UUUACUUCCUGGAUUAAUAUUAUUCUACAUCCAACGUCAUGGAUAGGAAAGUUUUGUUGUUUCGUUUUCUUGUUGAAUUAAUGCUGAUCGGGAGUUUUGCAACUGCAUAUGACAAUAUUGCAUUUAACAAGACUGCCUGGCAACAAUAUCCAUAUCCUUUUUUUAUUUUUCAAUGGGGAGCCGAUAAAGCUGUGGAUGGGCAGUUUACAAACCGGGCAGGGUCAGGAGGACAGUGUACGAUAUCUGACAACGAAAAAUACAAUGCCUCCUGGUGGGUGGAUCUAGGAGGAGUGCUUAGUAUACAUCAUAUAAACAUAUUCUACAGGACAGAUAAUUUUGAAUGGGGCCCCCGAAAUGGUUACACAUCCCGAUUCCUUGGAUUUUCUAUUUACAUAUCAAACACAACUGACAAAGACGAAGGCAUUCUAUGUUUUAAGGAUACAAACUACACCAGGGCCACAAUUCCGGAUAAUGUAACCAUAGAAUGUGUAACACAUGGACGUUACAUUAUCUACUACAAUGAGAGACUCCCGGGAGUUACCAACCCUGAUGGGUAUUCUAAAUACGCACAUAACGAACUUUGUGAAGUUGAAGUUUUUGGAUGUCCCACCACUGGUGUUUACGGAGUAAAUUGCACUUUACCGUGUCCACAAAACUGUCAGGAGAAACAUUGUAACAUUGUGAAUGGAAAGUGUUUUGGAUGUGUUGAAGGUUACAGGGGUUCACGAUGUGAAAAAAAAUGUGACAAUAAUAGAUACGGACUUGAGUGUAACAUGACUUGUGGUAACUGUACCAAAGGAGAACAAUGUGACCACGUGAACGGAAGUUGUCCAAACAAAUACGAUGCAGGGGCACGAGGAGAAAAAGGUGACAAAGAAUGUUUUGAAGGAAGUUAUGGAUAUGACUGCCUAGAAAUGUGUCAUAUAAAUUGUGGAGAUACCAAAAGAUGUGACAGCAAAACAGGGGAAUGUGAAAAUGGUUGCCAGACAGGGUGGAUGGGUGCUAAAUGUGACAAGGAAUGUGACGGUGGUACAUAUGGACAAAACUGUGCUCAGUCAUGCGGGGUUUGUUUUGAUAAAGAACAGUGUCAUCAUAUAAACGGGACAUGCUUGAAUGGCUGCGAUAGAGGUUAUCAAAGAGUCAACUGUACACAGGCAUGCCCUGAGGGAAGGUUUGACUAUAACUGCAGGCAGAAGUGUAACAUCAACUGUAGAAGCGACGGAAAGUGUGACGUCAUAACAGGACAAUGCAAAGGAGGCUGUUUGACCGGAUGGCAGGGUGAAAGAUGUGACAGACUGAUUGAUAUAUACUUUCAUCCUGACCAAAGCACGCCAUGCUGUUCAUAUUUGUACGGAGUCCUAGCAAUUCUGUGUUUGAGUCUUAUAUUAAACAUAUUCUUAAUUUUCCGAAGCUACAGAAAUAAGAGAAACAAGCGAAAGAAUCACAAAGAGAAAAAUACAAAAGUUAAUUCUCAAGAAAAUAUACUCAACACAGAGAUUUAUGAUAAAGUGGAAGACAACGCAGGAUAUCAGGAGCUGGGACAAUUAAGUCAACCUUCUCAUUAUGACAAAUUAAAUUAGAGUGGAGCUAUGGAUUUUGUGUUUACAAUGUACAAGUUAUUUAGGAUAAAGUGGAAGACAACGCAGGAUACCAGGAGCCUGGACAAUUAAGUCAACCUUCUCAUUAUGACAAGCUGCAUUAGC